AUGGCCGUCACUUCGAAGCAAGGAAACAACCGUGAAAGGAAAACCUCAAAUAGGAGAAGAAAAAAGAGAAGAACGGAAGACUUUUCAUCUUCAUCUGAGUCUUCAUCCUCUUCCUCUUCAUCAUCGAGUGAAUCAGAUAGUGAAGAUGAAGCAAAUAACAAAGAUGUACCGCCAACUGCAGAACAAAUAACAAUGGACGAUAUAGAGCUCGAUACAGUUGAGGAACCAUCUAAGCUGGCGAAGAAAGCUCCAGAUGAUUUGACUGUUCAACAGAAACAGCAACUAAGCUCAAUUCCAUUCUUAAUAACACCUGUAUCAGAAAUAACCAAUCCAAACACAACUAAUGCAUUGAAAAGUAUACCGAAUUUCACAGAGGUAACGAACUCAAUUGGGCAAUCGAAACAGGAGAUCAAUACGCGGUUUUUAAAGCUCAUGACAAAGGAAUUUGAAAAUGAUAUUGAUGAAUUGAGGAAGAAACCAGACUUCAAGGAAGCAUCAUUGACUGUGUUGGCAAAAACACUUCAAUCAGGUGCCAACAUGUUUGAUGUUGAUGUGUUGGAAGGCUUGCUUGGCGAGGAAGAGAAAGCCAGGUGA